CAGAAAACCCCUGCAUGAUUUCAGCCUUGCGCACCAGUGAGCACCGUCAGCUGCUGAGAACCUGAAGCUUCCCUGGAGGCGGCUCCAAAAAAUAAGUCAGCCUUGCCACCAAGAUCACUACUUUCUGCGACCAACCAAUGCUCAAUUAACCACCGACACUGCGCUUUUGACAUCGAUACCCGGAUCCUUGCUUUAGCGUCUCUUCAUUGGCUUCUACGCGAUCGCAUGCGCAACACUUGCCUUACCUUACUUAGCAGCUCCAUCAUCAAUCGUCCACAGUGCACGCUACAACCCUCGCUGCCAAGCUUAUCACCAGUGAUAUAACUUCAGAGCACGGAUUGCCUGCAAAUUCCAAUACGAAAGCCUCUCCAGGCGUAUCUCUACGAAACCAUCACACAUAUAAGCAGCCGGCAGAUAAGCAAAAUGAGCCAGACACCGUCAACCCCAGUGAAGGUGCCACCUUCGGCCGCGAACCACUCAGCAGCAACUCUAGAUCCAGAGCUGAGAUCACAAAUCAACACAUUACUGCUUAAGGACGGCCAUGUUACAAAAAUCCAAGAGCAGCUCCUUCACUCCCUCCACGCGAACCAGGCAAACUGGCCCACCCUGAUCCAGAACCACGCCCUCAACCUCCUCCGCACAGGCGAAGUCUCAACCUUCCCAGACCUCCUCCGCCGCGUCCUCGACGACGUCCGCCAGGACACUCUCGACCCCUCCGCCCCCUCCACCGCAUCCCCUUCAACAGCAAAAACAAACGGCGCAGCGUCGGAAAAGGAAAAGGACAAGGAUAAGAAGACGAAUGGCACUGCCUCCUCCACACCGGCGCCUGGCGCAGACCCGAGUGCGCAGCCGAACCUGGCCAUCCCUUCGGCUGUCAUUGACGAGGCUAUCAAGGUCACACAAGAAAGCCUAGAGGCUGUCUGCGAGAUUGACGGUGCCAGCUAAAGAUGAGGAGGCAUGUGUUUGGUAAAUAGAGCGACGCAGAGAAGCUGGUAUUACCGUGCAGGGGAAAGAAGAGGUUAUGGCGGCAGACCUUGGGAGGAGAUGGUUACAACAGGUGACCAACAGAUGAGUGCUGUCUGAGGUUAGGAGACGGCACCACUGCGAUGCUCACGAGACGAUUCACCCAGGCGUGAGGUGCUCACAGAGCACAUCUUCGCUGGCUGGUUUGAGCAAAUUGCUCCUGUUGAUGAUAAAAGCCAUUGAUGUCAGAUAAAGAAAAUGCCGAGGUAGGCAUUGCGUGUACACAUAAAUCGGAUCCUUGGAAGAGUUCGUUCCACAGAAGGAAUGAGCAUAGGAUCCCUAUUCUUUACGUAGCCGACUAUGAUUAGGGAGGCAAAAAUGAACUGGUCAACCACCCAUGUACCAUGUCCU